AUGUGGUUGCUCCCUUCUAGGAGACAGAAGAAGACAGCCUCUCAUGCUGUGGUGGAGCUGGAGAACACCAAGGAUUGCAGCCAGGCCGGGAAGCCUCUCUUCUGCCCUUCCCAUCCCACAGAGGAGCUCAGGCUGUUCUGCGAGCAGUGUGACCAGCCCGUGUGCCAAGACUGUGUUGCAGACAGGCACCGGCAGCAUCCAUAUGACUUCACCAGCAAUGUCAUCCACAGGCAUGGGGAUGCCCUGCGGGAGCUGCUAAAAGACACCCAGCAGCACAUGGGCAUCUUGGAGGAUGUGCUGGGCCAGAUUGAUGAUGUGGGCAGUGCUGUCCGCAGUCACGCAGAGGAUGUGGCUGCAGAGAUCUGUCUCUUUGCCAGUGGGUAUGUGAAAGCGAUUGAAGAGCACCGGGACCGGCUGCUGAAGCAGCUGGAGGACUUGAAGGUGCAGAAGGAAAACCUGCUGCACUUGCAGAAGGCCCAGGUACAGCAGCUGCUGCUGGACAUGAGGACAGAGGUGGAGUUCACGGAGCACUUGCUGACGAGUGGCUCGGACCUGGAGAUCCUCAUCACCAAAGGGGUGGUGGCGAGCCGGCUGGCAAAGCUCAACAGUGUUGCUUACAACACCCACCCCAGCGUGGACGAUGGGAUCCAGUUCUCUCCCCAGGAGAGGGCAGGGGAGUGUUGUGGCUAUGAAGUUUUUGGGGCCAUUCUCAAUAAAGUGGUUGAUCCAGCCAGAUGCACCCUGCACGGGGAAGAUCUUCAGAGCGCCCGUCAGAACCAACUGACUGGCUUUACCCUGCUCUGCAAUGACACCACGGGGGAGCGGAUGCGGCAAGGAGGGGAGGCCGUGCGGGUCACCAUCACCCACGAGGACAAGAAGGACUGUGCAGUUGAGCCCACAGUGUGUGAUAAUGGUGAUGGGACCUACCAUAUUUCCUACAGCCCUGAGGAGCCAGGCUUGUAUGGUGUCUGCAUCUAUGUGAAAGGGCAACAUGUACAGGGCUCUCCAUUCACUCUGAUGGUGAAAAACAAGUUCCGUGAGCACCGAGGCGUGUUUCACUGCUGCACGUUCUGCUCAAGCGGAGGGCAGAAAGCUGCUCGCUGUGCCUGUGGUGGGACCAUGCCAGGUGGGUACCAAGGCUGUGGCCAUGGACACAAAGGUCACCCUGGCAGCCCUCACUGGUCGUGCUGUGGACAAGUGAAAGAGAGCUCAGAGUGUUUGGGUGGGCCACCCAGCGGCACCCCGCAGAGGAGUUUGCUCAGGACAGUGGUGCUCUGAGCAGCCAGGUGAGUUCCUGUGAGCCCAAGGCACUGCUGCUGGCUGCUGCACAAGUGCAAACCACGAGGAUCCCCACCAUCACUGCAUAAAACCAUCGUGAUGGGUGUCAGCUGAGAAAGGGGGGUGAGGGAAAAUAAAACUGUGCCUUAUAUUCCACCUGCGAGCGUGUAUACAAGGUUGUUUUGUGCCUGAACAGGAGCAAACUCUGGGAAUUGUGCUGCUGCCAACACUUUUGAGGAACUGAAGCCU